CUCGAUCUGCUCUGAUGGUGGCCUAAACCUGCGCCAUCGGGCUCUGUGCAGUGAUCCUCAUCUCAUGCAUGCAAUCACGCCUGGAUCAGCAUUUGCAUUGUGUUUGGCUCACUCAUAUAGUUUCUCGGAGAAAUGUUCGCGUGCAUGAUGUUGAUGUCUACAUGCACGAUCUGUCUGAAGACUUGAGAGCAGGGGGAAUGUCAUUUGACCUUCUUACAUGUUGGAAACGCAGUAACAAUGGCCAUUCCUCCAACAUAUGUAGACCUGGGCAAGUCUGCCCGCGACAUCUUCACCAAAGGAUAUGGUUUUGGUCUUAUCAAGUUGGACUUGAAAACGAGGUCAGAGAAUGGAUUGGAGUUCAAGAGCUCCGGCUCGGCCAACACUGAGACCAGCAAGGUAGCAGGAACACUGGAGACCAAGUACAAGUGGGCAGAGCACGGCCUGACCUUCACUGAGAAGUGGAACACGGACAACACUCUGGGCACGGAGAUCACUCUGGAGGACCAGCUGGCUAAAGGGCUGAAGUUGACGUUUGAUUCCUCCUUCUCUCCGAACACUGGAAAGAAGAGCGGAAAGAUCAAGAGCAGCUUCCAGCAUGAGCACAUCAACCUGGGCUGUGACGUGGACUACGACAUCAAUGGCACCGCGGUGCACGGAGCCGUGGUCGUGGGCUUCGAGGGCUGGCUGGCCGGGUACCAGACCACUUUCGAGGCUGGGAGGAACCGGGUCACUCAGAGCAACUUCGCUGUGGGCUACAAGUCCGACGAGUUCCAGCUCCACACAAACGUGAAUGAUGGAACAGAAUUUGGUGGCUCCAUUUACCAAAAAGUGAACGAUAAACUGGAGACGGCGGUCAAUCUGGCAUGGACCGCUGGUAACAGCAACACCCACUUUGGUAUCGCGGCCAAGUAUCAGAUCGAUGCUGAUGCUUCCUUCUCGGUCAAAGUGAACAAUUCUAGCCUCGUCGGCCUGGGAUAUACCCAGACCUUGAAGCCUGGUAUUAAGCUGACCCUCUCUUCUCUUCUGGAUGGGAGGAACAUUAACACAGGUGGCCACAAACUGGGGUUGGGUCUGGAGUUCGAGGCAUAGGAAGCUGAGGAUUGCAAUAAUCCUAACUUAAUUUUUUUUUUUUUUUUUUCCUCACACACCUUGUUUCUCUUAGAUGCACUGACCAAGGAAGCGCACUAUUGUAUACUCGGGUCAAAUAAUGCAUUAGUGAUUGUCCACUACUUUAUUAGGUCACAGAGAAUGAAAGAAGAGCAUUUGAAAAGUUAUAAAUGGCUUGAUUUAUAAUGCACAUGGCUUCAUUUUCACCACACUCAAUGUUAUUUAUUACAGUGUUGAUCAUGCCAGAAUAUUUAAUUUUUGGGAAGGCGUUGGGUAGAAACUGAGACCUUUACAUCUGACAACACUAAUAUUAGGCCACAACAUUCCUGAUCUGUGGUUUUCACCCCACCAAAGCUUGAAGCAAAGGACCCGUAUGUAUCUGAUAACACUUGCAGCCCACCACGUCUUUAGUUGUAGACCCCAGACUUUUGGGUGCAUUUCAUAUUUUUUGUCUUGUCUGUGUGAGUGAAACCACACCUGUAUCUUGUCUGUCAUUGUUUUCUUUAAUGGCAAAACUUUUUCAGCUUUCCCUGAACUAAAGGAGAUUGGAAACAAGCUUCUGACAAAUUGGGGAGAGCAGAAAAGAUCUCCACUGGUGGAUGUAGUCUUCCGUUUUUAAGUGUAGGUUUAGAAUACUGUGUAUUUAGCAGUAUGGGUACUUUCAGUUGAAUAAAACAUUUCAACCUGGACCACA